AUGGCCGAGCAUUCCUCUGAAAAUGAUGACGCUGGCCAUUACUCUUCAUCAACAUCCACCAAAAAGCGAAUAAUAUUUAUCAGACAUGGAAGAUCAGUUUUCAAUGAAUUGUAUGUGGAGAGUGAGGAAAAUUGUCCUCCGAAUGAUCCGUGGGUCAUUGAUUCCGAACUGUCGGAAUUAGGACUUUCUCAAGUUCAAGUUUAUAAUGAAUAUUUGCGAAAAUUAUUUGGAAGUGCUUUGAAGAGUGCGUCAUCGAAUGAUUUGCACAAGGAAUGCCCACCUUCGACGGAAAACCAAUAUUCUGUAAAAAUUAUUUCCAGUCCAUUGACGAGAUGUAUCCAAACGUGUUUUCAUGUAUUAAACACACAUCAAGUGCUGCUGGUUAAUGAAGAAAAAACAUCAUUGGAUGAGAAUAACAUUUCACAAAUUAUUGAAAUUGAUCCUGAUUGCACAGAGCUUGAGGAAUCUUCAUGUGAUGUUGGAAGCACCUAUAGUGAAUUAAUUGCUAACGAAAAGAUGAAAAGUAUUUUAUCUCAUUUCGAUUUGAAGCUCAUUGAAAGCAAAGGAAAAUGGUGGUAUCAAAGCAAGGAUAACCCUCAGCAAACCGUACAUUUUGAGCCUUGGGAGCAUUUUAUGGAAAGAGUGAAGCGAUUUACAGCACGUUUACAUACUGACCUAAUCACCAGUGACACCAUUGUAAUUUUUUCUCAUUUUACAUUCAUAAGAGAGUGCGUCAAUUAUUUAGCUUUAUCGUUGAAUCUCAACCAUGCUCGUUCCAUUGUUGGAGCAGAGCAACCAACACACAAAACAAUUCCAAUAUCAAGUCUCGAAAAUAGAGAAGUGAUUAUUUUAGAAUUUGAUAAGAAGUAA